UUGUAAUGCGAAUCACUGUAACGAGAUUUUACAGUACGAUGUUCAAGAGAAACCAUAUAUUACAUGGAUAAUCACACGUCAGAAGAUAUACGAAUGAAAAAAUUUUCUUAAAAGUCGAUUAAUUUUUCUCCAAGUGAAAAAAAAUUCAUAAGAAAUUUAAUUAAAUUUAAUUUUAAAAAAGAGCUUAAUUGACUCACCAUUUUAUUUCAUUAUUUUAUGGGCUAUUAGCUACAAGAUUUUAUUUGAUAAUUUAAUUAAUUAUAUUAGGUGGAACUAUUUUCUAUUGUCCGCCUCGUUUUUGGCAUUGUUGCUGCUUUUUGGAACGCAUAGCCACAAACAUUCUUGUCAUAUAAUUUAAUUAUUAUUUAUUAUUUAAUUAAGUCAUCUACGAGGUAUUGUAAUUUUUCUUUUCGUAUGGUUCACUAAGGAAUCGAUGCUCGUUGUCUAAAUUCGGAAUAUGAGAUGGCCAGACUUGUAGCGAAUUUAAUUAUUUAUUUAUGUCUGUUGUGUAGUAGUAUUAAUGCUAAUGAAAAUAAUGAUAAUAAUGAUCAAAAUGUAGCAUCAAAAGUAGUAUAUAAGAGACCUGAAAUCUCUGGUUUUGCAUAUUUAAUAGAAACAUUCGAUGAUGAAGAAAAGUUUAAAGAACAUUGGAUUCUAUCUGAAGCUAAGAAGGAUUCUAUAGAUGAGGAUAUAGCAAAAUAUGAUGGAAUUUGGUCUAUAGAAGAACCUAAAAAGCAUGCCCAAGAGGGAGAUCUAGGAUUAGUUCUUAAAAGUAAAGCCAGACAUGCUGCUAUAUCUACUAAAUUAUUUACACCAUUUUAUUUCAAUGAUAAACCAUUAAUUGUACAAUAUGAAGUGAAUUUUCAAGAUAGUCAAGAAUGUGGAGGAGCUUAUUUAAAAUUGCUUACUUUACAUCCAGAACAUCAAGAUUUAAAAAAAUUCCAUGAUAAAACUCCUUAUACCAUAAUGUUUGGCCCUGAUAAAUGUGGAAAUGAUCACAAGCUACAUUUUAUCUUUCGACACAAAAAUCCUUUGAAUGGUUCAAUAGAAGAGAAGCAUUGCAAGAAACCAAGGGAACGUUUGGAAGAUUUUUUCAAAGAUAAGCAAUCUCAUCUAUAUACUUUGAUCAUUCGGCCAGAUAAUAGUUUUGAAAUCAAGAUUGAUAAUAAAAUAGUAAAUUCUGGAUCUUUGCUGGAUGAUUUUACUCCACCAGUCAAUCCACCUUUGGAAAUAGAAGAUCCAACUGAUGUUCAACCAGAAGACUGGGAUGACAAAGAAAAAAUUCCUGAUCUAUCAGCUAUUAAACCAGAUGAUUGGGAUGAAGAUGCUCCAGCACAAAUUGUUGAUGAAGACGAUAUUAUGCCUGAAGGAUGGCUUGAAGAUGAACCACCAAUGAUAUCUAAUCCUGAUUCUGUAAAACCUGAUGAUUGGGAUAUUGAAAUGGAUGGAGAAUGGGAACCUCCAGAAAUUCCAAAUCCAAAGUGUGCUGAUGCACCUGGAUGUGGAUUAUAUAAGCAAAAAAUGAAAAAAAAUCCUCGUUAUAAAGGCAAAUGGUCACCACCUUUGAUUAAUAAUCCAAAUUAUAAAGGCAAAUGGAAGCCAAAAUUAAUACAUAAUCCUAAUUAUUUUAAUGAUGAACAUCCAUUCCAAAUGAUGCCUAUUUUUGCUGUAGGCUUUGAACUUUGGUCAAUGUCUACAGACAUCCUCUUUGACAAUAUUGUUAUUACUCAUGAUGAAGAAGUAGCAAAAUAUUGGGCUGAUAAUACAUUUGAAGUUCGUCGCGCCCAAAUUGCAGAGGAAAGUUGGAGUGUAUGGCGCCAGAUUGGUACAUUUACUGCAGAACAUCCUUGGAUAUGGGGUAUAUAUAUAAUAGCUCCUGGCUUGCCCAUAUUGCUAGUAAUAUAUUGUUGCUGCUUUGCUUCUCAGGAUAAAUACGAUUUAAAAGAUGAUGAUAAACAAUCUUUAGUAACAAAUGAACAAGUAGUAAAACAAGAAGAAACAGAAAAUCUGCCAUCUAGUACUGAAGUACUAGAAGAAGAAAUUGAAAAACUGAAUGAAAAUGAAGAAAUUAUAGAAAGUGAAGAAAAUGAUAAACCAGAAAUAGGUAGUGAUGGACCACGGCGAAGAAAACCAAAUAAAGAAUAGAAUGAAUUGAAAUUAAAUGAAAUAAAAAAAAUUCGUAUUACUAAGGUAUUUAUGUAACACUUACAUUCCACUUGAACACUUGCCAUUGUGAACAUUAGAAUUUUUUCAGUAUCUAAUUACAUAUAAUACAAUUCACUAGAAUUCAGAUUUUUAUCUAAAAAUUAAUUAGAUAUUUUUUUGAUUCUCAUGUGUAUAAUUUUUUAUUAAGUCAUAUUUUUUUAGCAAAUAAUUAUCACAUUGAAGCAUGUUACUCACGUGUAUGAAUGAUACAAAUACUUAAAAAAAAAAAAAGCAAAAAUUUGUAAGAAUGAUGUUUGAUGUAAUUUAUGCCAUUAUAAUGUGUAGCAAUGUAAUUUUUGUUAUUGUACAUUAAAAAAAUGAAAUAAUAGAAUACAUUUAUUAAUAAUUUCUG